AUGUCCGCUAAUAACAUAAAAGCCGUGCAUUUCAUUGACCAGCUUACAGGUAGAUAUCUGUUAACAACGUUAGAUACGAACGAGACGGAUUGUUACCAAUCUCUUUUCGAUCUUAAGCGUCUACAAAGGUCAUUUCAAUCGGAAAUUCACAGGUCCCAGGUACCGCUGGAAAAUCUUCUCGUAGAGCUGAGAGGAAAGAUUGACGGAAUGAACAGAACUAUCAAUAUGGGCCAGAGUCUCGCUGAUAGUAAGUACUCUCUGUGCAAAGUCUCGAAUGAAGAUGCGACUUGCGAACAAGAGACGAAUCUUUGGCUUGAUACGAUCGUAAGUUCGGUUCGAUGCCAAAUCUCUCCCUGUAGUAGUCAUGUUUUGUCGAAACGUUCGAUAAAUAAUAACUUUUGUAGUGUAGGUAUGUUUGUAUGUGAUUCCGGAGAAUGCAUUUCCCCCAAAUUGGUUUGUGACGGUGAUCCAGACUGCAGUGAUAGGAGUGAUGAAUCUGAAGAUUGUAGGGAAUAUAGUCCAACAGAUUUCUUCUGUAGAAACACUGAUGGACGCAUUAUGAAAUCUAAACUUUGCAACGGCCACAAAGACUGUGAAGACGGUUCAGAUGAACUUCAAUGUGGAAAUAUCGUGAACAACUGCAGUAUUGAAUAUGGCAUGUAUAAGUGCAAUUCCGGGCAAUGUAUGGGAUUGGAUUUAGUCUGCGAUGGGAACCGGGACUGCAACGAUGGUUCUGACGAGAGCUACGAAUGCGGGACUGGGCUUUGUCCUGAAGAGUGCACGAAGAAAGGGGGAGUCUGCUUCCACGGCCCGAAGGGGCCAAUCUGCUUCGCUCAGUGUCCUCUGGGCACCUUCGAGUCCCCGGGAGGUUGCACAGCGCACCCUCAGCCUUCCAACCGCACCGCCGUACAGCUCCUCGAGGAAAUACCGAAACUGAUCUACAGACAGAACGAGAAGUUCACUUACCUCAAGAUGAAAGCUGUACAAAAAGUAUCAAAGAUGAUGACCGAUGUAUUCAAAUGCUUGGACCCAAAUUACCUAAGCCUCGCUAAAGUUCUUAGUUUUCCUAUUAAUAACCAAACACACGAUGCCUCUAAUCUUCCGGAUUCUGAAGUAAAUUCUCAAGAUUUCUUUACAGGCUUUUCCAGUUAA